UAGUGUUCAAAAUCCAGCACUAGUGCAAGUCAUUUCCGAAAGGAAAAUAUGAGAAAAGCCAAGCUUUUGUACCUAGAGAAACCCCUAGCUAGAAAGAGUGUUGAAACAAAACUCCUCUUUCCAAAAUUGUUGGUCCAAUGAACAAAAAGACCAUUUUACCCUAUCACACUGAGUCAUCACACUCUCAUACAAAGUAACUUCGGUUUUUUGUCCCCACUACUAAGACAAACAGCAUCAUAAUCUUCUUUCGCCAAUGAUACAAUCCCUAUCAUCUUCUCACAAACAAGAAUAUCAUCAACAACUAAAAAGAAAAAAAAAAGCAAAAUUCUUACAAAACAGAAAACAACAACAACAAUCUUACAUUUGCACCAAAGAAAAGAAAAUAAAAAGUUGGUUUCUUUUUCCAUGGCAGAAUUCUGUAGCAGCAGCAGCAGUAGUAUCACCAUUUCAAACAACAAAUCAAACAUAACCCACAUAGCAUCUGACCAUCUUUUCUCAAUCUUACUAUUACUACCCAUAGAAUCAGUUCUUUCAUUUACUAUGGUUUGUAAAAGAUUCAAACUUGUAGCUUGUUCUGAAACUUUGUGGGAAUCUAUAUGUAGAAGGGAUUGGGGUAAUUCUUAUGUUGAUGCACUUUUAUCUUCUUCACCCCCUGAACAUCAACUUUCAUGGAAAAAGCUUUAUCAACUAGUUACUCAAAUGGGUUCUGUUAAUUGUAUCAGAUUAUCUUGUUUUGAUGACACUUCAGCUUUUCCAAGACCCAGAGCUUCUCACUCUAUUAAUUUUGUUUCCGAUUGUCUGGUCUUGUAUGGAGGUGGCUGUGAGGGAGGGCGCCAUUUGGAUGACACUUGGGUUGCAUACAUUGGCAACGAAUUUAAGACGAUUCUCUGGCAAAAGACCAAUUCAGGAGUUCCAAGCGGAAGAUUUGGCCAAACCUGUGCAGUUGUUGGUGAAACUCUUGUCCUCUUCGGGGGGAUUAACGAUCACGGUCUCCGCCAGAACGAUACAUGGGUAGGUCAUGUUCUGCGCGAUGAAAUGCUUCAAAUUACAAUCUCGUGGAUGCUUCUCGAAGUGGGUUCUGCUGCACCUCCUCCUCGUGGAGCUCAUGCCGGAUGUUGUGUGGACGGCAAGAAAAUGCUGAUCCAUGGAGGAAUUGGGCUGGAUGGGUUAAGAUUGAACGAUACAUGGAUUUUAGAUUUAUCCAAUGGUAUAUACUCUGCCGCAUGGCAUGAGGUUGUUACUCGACUUUCACCUCCAGCACGUUCAGGACACACUUUGACCUGUAUUGGAGGAACUCGAAUGGUUCUUUUUGGUGGAAGAGGUAUUGGUUAUGAAGUCCUCAAUGAUGUGUGGCUCUUUGAUAUUGCAGAGGAAUACCCUGAAUGGGUUCCAUUGAUAUACGAUUCCGCUGACGUCCCUGUGGGUAUUCCUCCCCCACGAGUGGGUCACUCGGCUACUCUUGUCUUAGGAGGAAGACUGCUAAUCUAUGGAGGAGAAGAUUCAUCUCGACACCGAAAAAAUGAUUUUUGGAUGUUGGAUAUUAACGGUAUACCAACGGCAAAAGCAUGUACUAACUCACAAGAGCUAAGGGUAUUAUCUAAGAAGGUUUGGAAGAGAUUGAAACUAGAAGGCCAUAAGCCGGGUUCCAGGUCAUUUCACCAGGCAUGUGUAGAUAAAUCAGGCUGCAAUAUUUACGUGUUUGGUGGAAUGGUUGAUGGACAGGUCCUGCCUGCUGAAGCAUUUGGUUUGAGGUUUGAUGGAGAGCUCUAUCUAAUAGAGCUUUUGCUCCAACCGUGGAAGUACGAAAUCGAAACAGUUGAUGUAUCUCUUUCUCUAGAUGGCUAAUCUCGCUAUGUGAAACCGUCUGUAAAUAAAGAGUAGCUCUAUUAUGUAACUCAAUAAUCUUCCACAUUAAUGGACAUAGUUUAGAAUAAGAAAGAACAGUUCUUCUCAGGGUUUUGAGUUA